CCCCGGCGGCUCCGGCUGUGCUGCCCGUCCGUGCGUCCCGCCGGGCCCGGCCGGCUCCGGCAGCUGCGGCGGGCGGGGCGGCGCGGGGGGAGAGGAACCGUGUCUCCCCCCGAGCGGGCCCGGCGGUGGCAGGUGAGGUGAGACGCCACCUUCGCUCGGCGGGUUCCGGGCCCUCUGGAGCGCCGCUCCUGCGGGGACCCUGCGGCGGCAGAGCCGAGGGCGGCGGGGCAGGGGGGCCGUGCUCGAAGCGCCCCGGGCCCGGCCCCGCCGGCGAGGCGCGCGUCCCGGGAGGAAGCGGGGCCGGGGCAGUGGUGGCGGGGCCCGCGGCCAGCCCGGGGAGCGAGGCCGCCCCGAGGCGCGGCGGGGACGAGGCAGCUGCUCGGCGUCCUUUGUUCGCGGCGCUCCGCUCGGCUGCCGGGUCCGGCCCUGCUCCGCUGCGGCGAUGGACGCCUCCAACUGCCUUCCCUGAGCCCGGAGCGGUCCCUGUUCUUACGCCUUUCUGGAGUUUUCCUCUAGCUGUGACACUGCGGAGGGCUCAGCUCUUGUCUGGAGGCAUUGGGCGUCUGGUUGUCAUGUCGCUUGUGGAAACAAAAAUAACAAAGGUGAAAAAUCCUAAAGAUGAACAGCAAUGCACUACACGUGUCUUCAAAGCUGCCUUGGCUAGAAGUGGAAUGUAGUUUCCUGACAGAUCUUCUUACAAGGAAGUUGUAAAUCCGUUCUAAUGGCCAACAAGAAAGAGCCUCCUUUUUUUAAUAGAGAUAAUAUGGGACCAUUUCACUACAAACUUCCUUUCUAUGAAACUAUGGAGCUCUUCAUUGAAACGCUUACAGGAACCUGCUUUGAACUGCGAGUUUCCCCCUUUGAAACAGUUAUUUCUGUGAAAGCUAAAAUUCAAAGACUGGAAGGUAUUCCUGUCUCUCAGCAGCACUUAAUUUGGAAUAAUAUGGAACUGAAGGAUGACUAUUGUUUAGAUGAUUAUAACAUUUCAGAAGGCUGCACUCUGAAGUUGGUUCUGGCUAUGCGAGGUGGACCUGUUAACACCAGAAGAGUUCCUGUGAAAGACCCUAUCAGGGAAAUGGCUGAAUACAUGGAUCCUGCUAGAGACAAGAUCUGGGAGAAAGGGCCGUCCAACAAACAAGUUACCUUCUUAGUGUAUCGCGAAGGAGAUCGCUUGAAUUUCUUCCGUGUGGUUGACCGGGGCGAUGGCACUUUAACACCACUGUCUGAGUCUUUGAGGAACUGGAUUUGGAGAGUCAGUGCAAAAAAUGCUGGCUCUAAAGGCAGCAGAGUAUUUCUAAGAAUCAGGAGAAAUAGAAUAUCACAUCCACAUGGGUCAUUAGAGGGUGAAUACAAACUUUCUUUUAUUUUCAGUGGUGGUUCAGUUUAUAAUUUAUAUGCUGAUGAUGAAGAUGAGACAGAGGCAUCACCUUCUGGCCAACAGAUUAUUGAGAAUUCAAUUACUAUGAACAAAAUGAAACUGCUCAAGGCAAAGAUGGAGAACAUGAAUCUGAGUAAAAAGCCUAAGAAAACUGUCAAGGUGAAGCCUCGCCCUCCCAUGACCCCUCGACCAUCGAGUGGCUCGGUGGCUGCUGCCCGUCACCGCUUUCUCAGAGUGCUGCCCCACAUCGGACAGUCGUGCCUACCUCCUCCUGGGAAUGUGCAUCAGUCAGAGUCUCCCCAAAACGCACUUUCAGCAUUGGCUACUUUGGCCACUGCUGGUAGAACAAUGCCAUCCACAGCUAAUCACUUCCUGAAGGAAGACGACACUUGGCAGAGCAGCUCUUGGUCUCAGCCAGUCAAUAGCAUCAGGUUACCACCGAAAAUAUCUCGCGUUGAACUAGAAAAUGCAAAGCUACCUACAAAUAGUAUUCUGACUCCUGUUUCAUCCCUGCCUGCAAAUUCAGAAAAAGCACCUGAAAAUGUGACCUCAGCAAGUGAGGAGGAUGCUGGUUUGUUUCCACAUCUAACAAACGUGGAACUAUAUGGAAGAGAAGACGAACAUCUACCUGAAGCAGAUGCUUUUACUUUUUUAACAGAAGGCAGCACUGCUGAACAGUGUAGUGAGAUAUAUGACAUAGGAAAGGUGAACCCAGAGCUUGAACUGCCUGAUGGAGACAAAGAUUCUGAGGUUGUAGAGCAGCAUAGAAAACCUGUUGGCAAAGUGCUGAGCACUGCAGCAAUGGAGACUGGUCUUCUCAGUACUCGUGAAUUAAGUCCUCAGAAAAAUCUGCUUUUGUCUCCCCUCCGGUAUUCAGCGCAAGUGGCACAUCACAGUACUCUGAAACCACAAGCACAGCCCAGAUGCUUUGAGGCUGGUAACUUGAGAUCUGCGGCCUCCCCAAAUGUGCUUCGAUCGUUGGAAGUACGUAGUAUAGCAGACUCCUCUUUUCCUAGGACCACUAGAUUUUGUAGUGUGAAAGUAGAGUCACUUGGUAAAAGACCUGAUGUAAUUUCUAAAGCAGAGGCUAGAGACAUCACAGAUGUGGCUAGCAAGGUAUCCAAAGAACCUGCGAGUUCUGUAAGUAGCUUAGGAUUCCUGGCUUCGCUGGCCCGAAGCACAAACAGGGAAAGUUUACAGAGUUCCUGUGGGACUGACAGGUUUCGGACUUCCGGUAUUGCACUGCCUACAAGCCUGCAGCAUUUUCAGGAAGAAAGCUUUAGGAAAACUGCUCCUCCAAAUGAAGCUGCUGAAUAUAUUCUAUCUGCGCAUGGGCUUGGAAUGAAUGGAAGUGUGGCAGCUGUAGGGAAAAGAGUAGGUGAAGCAACCCAUCUUCCACCUGUGAAUGGCUUAAUUCAAGCAAAAAAGAAAAUUUCAAAGCACUGCUUUCUUUGUGGCAAGAAAACUGGAUUGGCAACCAGCUAUGAAUGCAGAUGUGGAAACAACUUCUGUGCAACACACCGCUAUGCAGAGACUCACACUUGCACCUACGACUACAAGAGUGCAGGACGGAGGUAUUUACAGGAGACCAACCCCAUCAUUAGUGCACCAAAGCUUCCCAAAAUUUGACAUGGUUGUGCUGCAUGUGGCCACUCUGCUGUUGAAGAAUUGUGUUGAAUUGAGAGAAGCACUUGCUUAAACUGUAUAAUUUCGCCAUGCUCCGUAUUUAAAGAUUUUCCAAGUAACAAAAGCACAUGAGGAUGCAUCGAAGAAUAAUGUGAACACUACUGCAGUUAAAACUUUUCUUCUUGAAUGAAUGAAAGGUUAAAAAUUAGUUUCUGAAAACUUACACUAUGAUUUAACUGUUACUGCACGUGUUGUGUUUUAUAUUUGGAAAAGCUAUUUCACUAGACAAGUCUUUAAAGAUGCACUUUACUAACUUUACUGUAUAACCAGAGUUGAGGGGGUGUUGUAAUGAGGGUGUCACGUAAUGUCUUCUGUACUCUGGUUUUGUCCAUUGUGUGGUAUCUUCUAAGUUAUUUCACUAGAAAGAACCCCCUCCCUCCCCUUUCUUCAAACAGCCUGUUUUGAAAUCUUAAGGGGAUAGUGUGUUCCACCCCUCUGUUUCAUUCUGAUUGAUAUUUGUACAUUGUGUGUCCAUUCUGAAAAUUACAUAUCAUCUUAAUCACAUUUUCUUAAAAUAAUGCUGUUUAUAUGACAAGUUUGUUUUUAAAUAGAAGGUUCCCUGUUUGUUGCCAUUAAAUAUAAGAAACAACUUAUUUUAACUUUUUUUGUAAUCCUAGAUUUUUUUAAGACUUCACAACUUGCUUUGUUAAGAUGUUGAAUGCUGUUACUGGAAGAAAUUCUAAUAAAUAUUAAAUUUUA